GUUAGUUUCCUUUCCUGCUUCUUCCUCUUCGUCUAUCAGAUUUAGAAAUUUAGGGUUUUAUCUCGUCAAUUCCAUGCGCUGAGUUUAGGCUCUUGUAGAAGACGAUCAGUGAUUUGACUGUUGAGAGGUUUUGUAUUUAGAGAGAGAGAAGAGAGAGGGAAUGGAGAUGGAUGAAGAUAUGGAGAUCGAGGGAACGGGGUUCGAGGCGAGAGAGAUCGAUCUGGAGUACGAGUUUGACGCGGCUCGGUGGUUCGAUUUCACUAGGAUGGAGUCACCGGAGGAGUCUCGAUCCGCUGAGUUCUGGUUUCACUCUGCUCCCUCCUACGCUCCCUCUCCGUUCGUAACAAAACUGUUACUUAGUGAGGAGGUUUCUGAUGACAAGACCGAGGCGGCAUCCACUAGAUCAGAGGCAGCAGCAGAUGGUUCUGAGAAGGAUAGACAGACUUAUCAGCCUUCGCAUUUGAAUAAAACUGGAAAUGGAAUGCGUUUUGGGAUUUUUUCAUCCCAUUUAGGUAAUAACUUGAAGAAACUCCCACGUCAACCUAUAUGCAAAGGGCCAACGGUUAGCAAUCACAACCAUAAUGAUAAACCAAAGUUCAGAGCUAAGUCAAGCAUCAGACCAACUCCGAGGAGCUCGACGUUAAUGAGACCUACUGCUAGUCAGUUAGCAAAGCAGAAUAACGCCAGUAAAUUCCAUAUGCAAGUUGAUCAUAUUCAUGAGAAAGGUUUAUGUGGGACAUCUGGGACCGAGGUUCACGCGGCUAAAAGACAGAAGCUUGAUGGAGGUCUUCUUCGUAAGGUUGCUGAUACAAAGCAGGAGAUGAAUUUUGUUCACAAAAUACCCAAGAAGGAUACAACUCUUGAUGGAAACUCACAACAGGCAAGGACAAAGAUUACUAUCCCACAUGAGCCUGAUUUUGCUACAUCACAGAGGGCUCACAGGAUACGGCACAAGAAUGAUGCCAAGCUAGAACAGGACUCAACUACUGUAUAUAGAUUCAAAGCACGUCCAUUUAACAGAAAGAUAUUUGAUGCUCCCUCAUUACCCAUCCGGAAAAAGAGCACUCCAAAACUACCGGAGUUCCACGAAUUUCAUUUGAAGACUUCAGAAAGGGCUAUGCAACAUUCUUCAGUAGUAACAACAAGGUGUAAUCAGGGGAAUGAUGUGUAUAAGGGGUCAGACAAAUCUAAUAUAACUGAUGCACUUGACGGUGUUAACAGGGAAAAUAGGAGACCAAGCGAGCAUGAUGUCUCGGAGGGAAAACACAUUUUUAAAGCUCGUCCUCUAAACAAGAAGAUACUUUCAAGUAGAGGAGACAUGGGGGUUUUCAAAAAUAGCAAACGAGAAACUACAGUACCUUUGGAGUUUAGUUUUCAUACAGAAAAGAGAGUUCAACCAGAUUUACCAACAGACCUCUUCAGCAAGCUCUCCAUCAAAUCCGAGCUCAAGCAAAGCAAUGGAUCUAGCACAAGAUUUCAUCAAGCAAAGGGCUUCAAGGAAAAUAGAGUCCAAGCAGGGAAUGAGGUAACAACAAGACUGGCAGCUGGAAAAACGGUCUCUUCAGAUGGAAGACAAAUACAAUCUAGUAAUAGCGGAGUAGUAAUCCACCAAACAAACCAGCGAUGGACCGCUAGUAGGAGCUUAGGCAUUCGCUGAUGGUAUAGAAAAGAAAAAGAAAAGCUUUUGUGGUAUCUACAAUCAUCACCAACAACUCUUUUUGUACAUUCAAAUUCGGUUCUCUUCUCAGUCUGAUCCUCUGUGUGGUAUAACUCCUCCACUGUGAAGCAGACCAAUUUGGCUUGAGGAGCUUUCUUCGGCAUCUCUUUUUACUACAAAAAGGAAAAAAAAACAGAAAAUGUAAAUCAGAAAUUCUCGGAAUCUCUUAAAUUUAAUACAAAAUGUCUUUUUACUUUUUUGUCUCUUCCCGAAUGUAGUUGUAAAUUACAGGUAAGUGCACUUUGUUUGGUAAACAACCAAGAAGAUUGCAAGGAAAGAGAGACCACACAGAAUCCAAAAGAAUGAUCUUGGAACAAUUAGAAAAGCAAGGAGUGGCCACUACGCUUUGUAACGUAGACCAGACAAGUCUCUUUGCCUGUCACUC